AUGAUCAAUAAUAUCUUAAUUAUUAAUCAUCUUUUUAAUAUUUAAACUAUUUUCAUUAUUAACAAACCAUAAAUAUCGAAGCAUUAUUAUAUCAAUAACUAUGCUAUAUUUAUAUAUUUAAAAUUACGCAUCACUUAUAAAUUAGUAAAAUUUAUUUCUUAAUAUAUUAGAUUGUUUUCUAUUUUAGCUGUGAGAAGGAUUUCUUAAAUAGACUAUAUUUAAGGAGAUGUAUCAUUACUAUAUAGAUCGAAUUCUCACAUUAAAUGGAUAUUUGGAUUUGUAGUACCCGGAUCUAUAAUAUUAGCAUUUAUAUUACCUUUUUGUAUGUUCAACUUUGUUCAUUUUAAGAAGGGCAAAGUUAAUAAAAUUUAAUAUAGAUGAUAAAUUGGGUAUUUAUUUAAUGAAUAUACUGCAAAAACCUACUUUUGGGAAUGGAUUAAACUAUGUAAGAAACCCAUUUAAAUUAUAAUACUGAUUUAUUUUGAAACUGAUAUAUUUUUAAAAGCUUCAUUAUUAGGAUUGUUUUUAUUGAUUUAUUAAUUCUUAUCCUAACACUUUAAACCAUACAUCCUUCAAAGAUUUAAUAUUUUGGAUAUAUAGGCUGGCUAACUUUCCUGUGGUGCAAUAUUCCUAGCUGCUGUGAAAUAUAUAUGCGAAUAUUAAGAAAAUUAUUUAAUAUCAGGUGUCAUUCAAACUAUUAUAAUAUUGAUCAGCUUAAUAUUGAGCUAUCCAUUUGUUUAAAAUAUUCCAAAGGUUUAUUACAAAAAGUUUAAACCACAAAUUUUAUCAUCCUUGCUUUCCAUAUUCCUUGCCGCUCAACCUAAUUCUAAAUAUAUAAAAUAAUUAUCAACAAAUCUAACACUUAUUCGAUAUCGAAUUAAGUUUAAAUAUAUAACUGUAAAAAGAAGAGAAUGUUAAAAAUAAUUUUUCAAAAUUAAGAAAAGCUUUUUUAAAAAAGAAGUAUAAUGA